AUGGACGAAAAAGGACUUCGAGAAAUCGCAAAAAGUUUUGUCAACAGCGUUAUACAAAAAGCCGUGGACAAAGUUCGGACGGAAAGAGAAAAAAUGGCGGAAAUGACGGAUAAUUUGGAUCAGGAUGUGGUAAAUAUAGUUGGUAAGGCUAUCGGACGAUCUGUUACGGCCAUUCGUGAGGGACAAAUAUCACCAACUGACCGGAAAGUGGCUGAAAUGAUGGGUCAGCUGGAUCAUGAUGUGGACAAUAUUGUUGGUAAGGCCAUCGGACGAUCUGUUACGGCCAUUCGUGAGGGACAAAUAUCACCAACUGACCGAAAAGUGGCUGAAAUGGUGGGUCAGUUGGAUCAGGAUGUGGACGAUAUUGUUGGUGAGACGAUCGGACGAUCUGUUACGGCCAUUCGUGAGGGACAGACAUCACCAACUGACCACAGGAUAAAAUGUAGUAAGGAAAUACCGAUGACAAAUGGAACCGGAAAUGAUGUACAAAAACAGGAGGCCAAACAGACCUUCACAACAGAUAUAGAUCACAAGAUGAAGAAUCCGACAAUCGUGUCUUCAGUUCAGAACAAGGUCUCUGGUAAAGGAAAGAAAAACAUGUUGGAACGCUAUCUGGAUAGAAUACUCGGAAGAGAUAAGCAAAAACCAAAGAAGACCAACACAGAAGUGAACGAUAGCGACCCUAGUGGAGGAAGUAGGAAACGUUCAUCAAAGGCCCAUAACAAACGAGACUGGAUUCUAAAGCACAUUCUGUGUUGUUUUGUCCAUCAGACGUCGACAGUGGAGCCUGCAAACCACUAA